AUGUCUGGAGGAAGAAGCCCCAUUGAGGAGGCCUACGUACGCCUUAGGCGUGUUGCCGAGCAGCAGCAGAAGCGCGGCGGCGGCGGCAUGCCCGGUGGCCCUCGCGGCGCCGGUAUGGGACUGGCGAGUGUUGUUCUUCUUGGAGGUGCUGCAUUUCUGGCUCAGAAUGCGCUGUUCAACGUCGAUGGUGGUCACAGAGCGAUCAAGUACCGGAGGACAAGUGGUGUGAGCAAGGAGAUCUAUGCCGAAGGAACUCAUUUCGUCAUCCCCUGGUUCGAGACUCCCGUCACCUACGACGUUCGUGCGAAGCCUAGAAACGUCGCCUCCCUUACCGGAACCAAGGACUUGCAGAUGGUCAACAUCACCUGCCGUGUUCUUUCUAGACCCGAUAUCAAGGCCUUACCCCAGAUCUACCGCACAUUGGGUACCGACUAUGACGAGAGAGUACUGCCGUCCAUCGUCAAUGAGGUCCUCAAGAGUGUCGUUGCUCAGUUCAACGCUUCUCAGCUCAUCACCCAGAGAGAGAUGGUUGCCAAGCUGGUCCGCGAGAACCUUUCCCGGCGUGCCGCGCGGUUCAACAUCCUCUUGGACGAUGUGUCUCUGACACACCUUGCAUUUUCUCCCGAAUUCACGGCUGCUGUCGAGGCGAAGCAGGUUGCUCAGCAGGAGGCUCAGCGCGCAGCCUUCGUUGUCGACAAGGCCCGCCAGGAGAAGCAGGCUAUGGUCGUCAAGGCCCAGGGUGAGGCCCGCUCCGCCGAGCUGAUUGGAGAGGCCAUCAAGAAGAGCAAAGCAUAUGUCGAACUGAAGAAGAUCGAGAAUGCCCGUGCCAUCGCUCAACAGAUGCAGGAGUCUGGCAGCAAGAACAGACUGCUGCUCGACUCUGAGGGCUUGGGCCUGAACGUGUUUGAAGAUCGCGACCAGAAAUGA